AUGCAGUUCUCUACUAUCUUCUUUGCUGCCGUCGCCUCUUGGUGCGUCACCAACGGUCUCCAGGACAACGACCCCAAGAACUCCGACGCCACGCAGGCUGCCUGCGCCCAGUACAAGCAGAGGCACACCGGCAAUGAGCAGUGGGACAUCUGCCCCGACUGUGAGAUCGGCGUCAAGGACAAGGACGUCCAGGUCUGCAACUCAUCUGCCAAGCAAAUUGGCGGUGACGAGUGGGAGGAGUACUGCAUCCAAUUCGGGGCUGAGAAGGGCAAGGCCAACUAA